GACUGAUCAGCACCAUCUCUUUUGCAGCUUUGUGCAGAGCUAAACCAGUCGACCCUGCCCAAUGUCCGCAAGUGGAAAGGCUCAAGAGGAUCAUGGAAGUGCGUCGUAGCUGACAGGCCUGCAGGACACUUUCACAAGAUGGCUGAGUUUUCAGGUUUCCUGUGGGACAGCAGUUUCGGGAUCGAACUCCAAGAGUGCACUUUACUGGAGAGCCCACCAGCUAAUGGCAACGGAAAACAGACUUGCCCCAAACCAUAUCUUGCACAUUUCAAGAUUGCAGGCUCCAGUUUAAUCCUGGUUAAUAUUCACUUGAAAAAGGAGCUAGGAGGAGAGAGCAAUGGCAAGCUUCACAGUACAAACCACAAAGCGUCCCACUUCACAGACAUACUACAGGAAACGCUGAGAGGAGAGAAAGAAGUGAUCAUCUUAGGAGACUUCAGCCUCCCAGCAGAAGCAGCCGAGUUUGACCUGUUAAGAAAGGAGAAGUUCAUCCCUGUGGUCCCCUCGAGCACUUUCACCAACAUUAGCACAAAGAACCCGCAAGGAUCCAAAUCGCUAGACAAUAUUUGGAUCAGCCGCCAUCUUAAGAAAAUAUAUACAGGUUUGUGCGCCUCUUUCUUUCAUAGAAAUCACAGUCGUGUUGCAUUCAGCUGUAAUGUUUAGUUAGUGUAUAGAAAA